UGUAGUAUAUAAGUCUGUAGAGAGUAAGUUUGGUUCGCUAGAGGUAGAAGUGCUUCUGAUCCCGCGUAAAUGGCAUCUUUCAAGUUCCUUUUGAUAACCCUGCUUGCCUUGAUGUUUAUCUGCAGCACAUCUGUGCAAGGCAUGAGACACGGAAUGCACCACCGUCCAGGAAGACCAGGACCACACCAUCGCCCGAGACCAGGUCAUCGCCCGGGACCAAUCCAUCGUGGGCCAAAGCAUCAUGGCCGCCGCCAUCGUUUCUAAGCAAAACAUCUAGUCGUGGUACGUCUGCUAGCAAUUCGGUAUAUGAAAUUUUGCAGUGAUACAAUGUGCAAUGUUAUUAGACUACAAUGACAAAUGCUUAAAUAAGCAAUCUCAAAUUUGUGUCCGGAUUUUGUGUCUUUGAGCAACUUUUUUGACUGUGAAUAUCACAUCCCGUUCACUGUAUUGGAUUGCUGUGAAUAAACCGUGCUUGAAAGCCAUA